AUGUUGGGGGAGGGGGUUGGUGGAGUCUGUCCGCAGGGUGUUGGCGGGGAGGAGGAGGUUUUGAAUGGCCCAGGGGAGGAGGUGAAGGGUCUGCUGGACCUUGCAAGGGGUAUGGGCAGGAAGGAGGGGGUUUCGGAUGUGCUGGAUUUGGUGAAGAGGCUGCCGCGCUCUCACCUUCGUGGCCUCGCCGGAGGGCCCAAGGGUGACACUUGGACUGAGGCUGGGCCCUCUGUAGAGGGUGACCAACAGAACUGUUUGCAGGCAUUGAGAGCUUUUGGGUGCUCAUCGCAGAGAAGGGUCAAUGGGUUAAAGUUUCUUAGAGGCCGGCUCAAAGUGUGGAAUAAGGAGUGUUUUGGGAAUAUACACCAGAAUGUGUGUAAUGUGGAGGAUGAGGUGACUAGAGCUGAAGUGGCAUACGAGUUUGAACCUACUGAGCAAGCAUUGGGGGAGCUUCAGGGUGCUCGUAAUCGGCUAAAUUUGGUACUACUGCAAGAAGAGAUUUUUUGGAAAGAGAAAUCCAGAGUGAGAUGGCUAAAGGAAGGGGAAAGACACACCAAGUUUUUCCAUGAUGUAGUCAAUGUGAAGCGAAAACGGUGUGGCAUUGGCAAAAUUAAAAAUGGGCAGCGGGAGUGGAUUCUUGACAAAGUGGGGGUGCAAGCUGAAGCAAUCAGGUAUUUCUCUGAAAUAAUCUCCUCAAGCCAGACCACGGCUUGUGAGGAGUUGUUGUCCACCAUCUCGGCAAUUAUCUCUGCGGAGGAGAAUGUUAUGCUUGCAGCUGUGCCGCUGUUCGACAAAGUGAAGGAGGCUAUUUUCGCUCUUUCUAAAGACAGUGCACCUAGUCCAGAUGGGUUUACAGGGCACUUCUUUACGACCUGCUGGGACAUUGUUGGUGCAGAUGUGAUUGCUACCAGGUUGGCUGUUCUACUGCCAAAUGUCAUCUCUGAGGAGCAAGGAGCAUUUGUUAAGGGUCGAUGUAUCCACGACAAUAUUGCCUUAGUGCAAGAAGUGGCCCAAGAAAUUAAUAGAAAUGCCAGGGGUGGUAAUGGCCGGCUGGUUAUUUUAAGUCCACACGGGGGCUCAGGCAAAGAGGACCCCCUCUCCCCUCUGUUGUUCAUUUUGGUUGAAGAAGUGUUGAGCAGAGGCCUUAUAAAGCUCUUUGCGAAGGGCCGUGCAGGUUUUUUCCACCUCCCCUUAGGGUGCCCAGGUAUUACUCACAACCUCUUUGCGGAUGAUACAAUUAUUUUUUCUAACGGCUGUAGGUCGAAGUAUGAGGCCUGUUCUGGGCAGCUCGUGAAUCGCCGCAAGAGCUACUUUGUGGUGGGCCACAAGACACCAAAUCGGUUGGUCAAAAGGGUGAAGGAUAUCACGGGGUUUGAGAGGAAGGUGCUGCCUCUUACCUAUUUGGGGGCACCCCUGUACGCAGGGAGGCUCAAGGUUUCUUAUUUUGAAGACAUUUUGGCUAGGGUCAGAAAGAAGAUCGCAAGGUGGAAAGGCAAGCUGUUGUCGGCAGGUGGUAGAGUGAUCCUACCACCGUCAUGCAGCGUCAAUUCUAUUUCUUAA